AUGACCGGACCCAGCACGUUUCAAGGAAUCAAAGGAUCUCAAAUAAAAGUACCAGAUUUGGUACCAAGUCCUAAGAGUAAUUGUUAUGCUUUUCACUGCGACUAUUAUAAGGAGAAUUAUGCAUGGUUGAUAUUGGACCCGCCAAAUGACAAAGAUAUACAAAUUGACGUUCUCUAUCGAAACCAAAGAAAAGAUAGUGAAAAAAAUGACAAACUAAAGAGAGCAUUCGCUUUUAAACUAUCUGCUGGAAAUGUCGCUGGACCAGCCAAAGAUGAUCAUAAGAUAGAGUUGAAGACCUUGGCGGACGUGCCGUUCAAUCUUGGUAAUUUACAUCUAUCUAAAAACCAUGUGGCAUUACUUAUCAAAGAUUUAGUGGGGAAUAGAAAACGAACCACGCGUGUUAUACGAUACGGUUUCAGUAUGACAGAAGUUAGCACAAAAGACCACAGGUUAAUUGAGUCUGGUAAAACAUUUACAGUAUCAUCAGUAAAUACUGUCGACAUGAAAAUAAAAGUAAAAGAAAACGAGUUAAUGUUAUGCGUCGACUGGUGUCCACUGGAAUCGUGUAAAUAUCAGAUAAUGCGACAGAGUAACGAUAUACCAGGGAGAAUUGCUUACCAGCUGGUUGCCAAAGUACCCUGUCAGAUCGAAGGAGUUGGAUUCGGAGGUCACCUCACGAAUAACAAACUUAUAGGGUAUGCCCGUGGUUAUGACUGCACGCCUGCCAAGUUUCGCUCACUUCAGUGCUUGGUGUAUGACGUAACAGGUGAAAAUUGUGACUCCACAGAUAGAGCUGUUGGAUAUAGUUCAAAAUAUAUAGCGUUGGAACCAUUUGAUAAUUUGAAUUUUCAUAAUGGGGAUCCUAAUUUCCGCUUUUGUCAUGGCAAUAUUAUCGAUUACCUUUUCAACGGAGGACACUGGGAACAAACAGGGAGCAGUGUGGAUUCGUCCAGUAGUGAUGAAGAUGUCAAACGAUCAGUACCUGAAUACCGAAUAAAACGCUCUGUGUCCCCAGACACAGACAGUCCGCCUGAAUGUGCUGGUUAUUUUGUCGGUAAUAGUUGGCCACCAAGAGUGACAGACAUGUCUCUUGGCAAAAAUGUAAAGAUCUGUCAAACAUGUCGGCAAAGUGAAAGUGGAAAAGACAGAUACUGCUUUGCAACUCUCUACAACACUGAUCUCCGGUUACCAGAGUACAGUGCUUAUACUGUUCAUUCUCUGCAAAGUCGCCUCAAUUCCAAUCCUCCGGCUCCUAUCUCUAGAAAAAAGGUUGAUUCUGCACUCUGGAAGCGAUUUGAAAUAGGUCUAUGUCGUGAAUCAACAAAAAAGAAAGUACCCAAAAAGGAAUGGAAUUCUCUGCCAUUAGUGUAUGAAGGCAAUGUUGGACAUACUUGCAAAGAUCUGGGUGCCAUUGGAGUUGAUGAACACAACAACAAUAUUGUGUACACAUAUGAGAGUGGUAAAAUUGGCCAUCCCUGUGAUCCUUUAUACUUAGAUAAACAGAAAUGUGAAGAUAUGCAGUCAUCUGACAGUGACUACAAUGUUGCCAAUAAUGCCGUGAAAGGCUUGUGGAGCCGAGGUCAUCUGAAUCCAUCAGGAAUCCACAAUAUGGUUGAUAUAUAUAUGAUGCAGUCAACGUUUACUCUUACCAAUGCAGCGCCUCAACUAACAAGCUUCAACAAUGGUGAAUGGAAUACAAUGGAGUGUCUUGUAGAGCAUUAUGUGUGGUAUUUAAGAACACAUCCUGGCACCCAAAUUGUGGAUGAUUCGCAAGAGGUGUUUAUUGUAACUGGGACUCGACCUCAUGCCACUCCUAUAAAAAUUGCCAAUAAUAGACUUACAUCACCUGAGUACUAUUGGACAGCAUUGUGCGACCCAUAUUUCAAAAGAUCAUUGUUCUUUUCUGGAAACAAUGAACCUGGAUUUACAGGGACAACAAGAAUACAUGUGUACGACUCUCUGACCUCUUUCCAGGAAUGGUUAUGGGGGAGUGGUACUCCUAACGAGAUAUUUCCUGGGAAAGCUGAGCAGUGUUCCAACGUCAUCGAUUUGGACAUGAUUCCGCUAACUGAACGAUGUGAAAAUGAGCUGGUUUUCAAAAACACUCCACUGGACACAAUAAGCAGGCGUGGUUUAAUCACACUAAUAAAGAGUAUCAACUUGUGAUAGCACGUCGUAUAUAUAUGAUAUACUGUAAUGUUGAUAGAAUGAAUAGAUGUGAUAUACUGUAAUGUUGAUACACCAAAUAUACUUACAUUGUAUAAAUGUUUUAGUAUUUGUUAACAACUAAUGAAUUGUAGUUGUGACAUUCAUUGUUUUCUCUUAUUAUAGUCAUACAAAUAUAAAUAAACAUAAAUGUAUUAUCAUGAUA